UCAGCUUGCCAGGUCAUGGAGUUCAGGCAGAGACUCUUGUGACCGGGAGGAAAACAUUAAUGGGUGUGCGGGUCAUUCGGGUUCCAGAAACACAAGAAUGGGAGUCCCUUGUGCGCUGGAGAACGGGACCCGCUGAGGUGGAGAUCGCCGGCGAGGGUCAUUCCCCGUGAGAGAAGGAGAGCGAAAGAGAGGGUGGAAAGAGAGGGAGAGAGACGCUUCUGUUGCCUCGUUUGCCUGGGACAGAGACCAGCCUGACAGCUCCGCGAUCUUCAGCACGGAGGUGCAGGGAGGUGCACGGAGGCGCAGGGAGGCGCAGGGAGGCGCAGGGAUCCAGUGGGAGCCUAUCAUCACCGGGACGAGAGUGGAGACAGGAAGCUGUGUGGGUGUGGCAUAACUGAUCAGGGAUCAGAGUAAAGGCCUUGUGGGAGGUGACCCCUGACAUCGGAGGAUUAGGGGGCUCCGCGUCCUGCCCCCACACUCCCCUCUCCCCCUGCUCGCAGGGCGGCUCUGGGACGAUGCUGACCCCCCCCUCCAGCUCCGGUUUGAACCGCACCCAGGGAUAACCAGCACCCCUCCGCCGCCACGCCGCCCGCCAUCAUGGGGGACGGGAGCUGGGUGUGCCUGAGCCCCGCCGAGUUCAGCCAGCUGCAGCAGUACAGCGAGUAUUCCACAAAGAAGCUGAAAGACGUCCUGGAGGAGUUUCACGGAGACGGAGUUCUCGCCAAAUACAACCCCGAGCAGAAGCAAGACGUUCUCAGCCAACCAAUCGAUUACGAGGGCUUCCAGCUCUUCAUGAAGACGUACCUGGAGAACGACAUUCCCGAGGAGCUGUGCCAGCACCUCUUCACCUCCUUCAAGAGCAAGACGGGGGAUGGCUCUCCCGGGCUGCCCCGCACAGGUGCGGGCCUGCUGGAGCCUAGAUCGAUCGAUGCGGGCAUCUCUAUUCAGACAGAAGUGGCAUGUGCCCCCAUAACAGGAAUGAACGGUAAGAGCAUCCUGAGCGCCAUGGCCCGCCACACGCCGGACCAGGCCGCCGCCGUCGUCAUGGCGACGGGUUCGGGCGCCACCGCCUCGCCCUGCUCCUCGCGCUCCUCGUCCCAGCGGUCCGGGACGGGGGGCCACACGCCGGCCGGCCCCCACCGCUCGCCCUGCGCCCAGCCGAAACCCCCGGGGGGCGGGAGCAACGCCCUGGUCCCCUCAAAGGGCCCCGCCUCUCCCCACCUCAACCCCCACCGACCGGAUCGAACGGAGAAGCGUCCGUCGCUGCGCCGGAGCCCGUCCCCGCAGAAGGGAGCCCCCCUGCCGUCGCCCCAGGUGGUGUUUCUGAAGGACAUCGUGUGCUACCUGUCCCUGCUGGAGAGGGGGACCCCCGAGGACAAACUCGAGUUCAUGUUCCGGUUAUACGACACGGACGGCAACGGACUGCUGGACAGCUCGGAAUUGGACCGCAUUAUCAAUCAGAUGGUUCAUGUAGCGGAGUACCUGGAGUGGGACUCCACAGAGCUACGUCCGAUCCUGAAGGAGAUGAUGGAGGAGAUCGAUUUUGACCGGGACGGCACUGUCACGCUGGAGGAGUGGAUCCGCGGCGGGAUGACCACCAUUCCGCUUCUGGUGCUGCUCGGCAUGGAGACGAACAUGCAGGAGGACGGGCAGCAUGUGUGGAGACUGAAGCACUUCAACAAGCCGGCCUACUGCAACUACUGCCUCACCAUGCUUCUGGGCGUGCGCAAGCAGGGCCUGAGCUGCUCCCUAUGCAAGUACACAGUCCACGAGCGCUGUGUGUCCAAAGACAUCGCCGCCUGCGUCAGCACCUACGCCAAGUCCCGACGACACACUAACGCCAUGCAGCACGUGUGGAUGGAGGGGAACUCUCCCACGAAGUGCGACCGCUGCCACCGGAGCAUCAAGUGCUACCAGGGCCUGACCGGCCUCCACUGCGUGUGGUGCCAGAUAACCCUUCAUAACAAGUGUGCGUCCAACGUGAAGCCCGACUGUGACGGGGGGGCACUGAGGGACCACACCCUUCUGCCCUCCUACAUCUGCCCUGUGGUGCUGGACCGGCACUCCGGGGUGAAGCGGGGAGAAGGAGACUCCCCCCCCAGCACCAGCCCUGAUGACACUGGCCAGAGCUUCAAGUUCACCGGAGAUGGACAAGGGCUGCAGAUCACCCCUCUGCCAGGGACACACCCCCUCUUGGUAUUGGUCAACCCGAAAAGCGGGGGACGGCAGGGUGAAAGGGUCCUGCGGAAGUUCCAGUACCUUCUGAACCCGAGGCAGGUCUACAGUCUGGACCGGGGCGGGCCAGUGGCUGGGCUCAACUUCUUCCACGACGUUCCCGACUUCCGGGUGCUGGCGUGCGGCGGGGACGGGACCGUGGGCUGGAUCCUGGACUGCAUCGACAAGGCUAACUUUGCCAGGCACCCCCCUGUGGCCAUCUUGCCUCUCGGGACGGGGAACGACCUCGCCCGUUGCCUACGCUGGGGCGGAGGCUACGAGGGCGGAAACCUGCUCAAAUUUCUGCGGGACAUCGAGCACAGCACGGAGAUGGUGCUGGAUCGCUGGAACAUCGACAUCAUCCCGGACGACAAGGAGGAGAAGGGCGACCCCGUCCCCUACAGCAUCGUCAACAACUACUUCUCCAUCGGAGUGGAUGCCUCCAUUGCCCAUCGUUUCCACCUGAUGAGGGAGAAGCAUCCAGAAAAAUUCAACAGCAGGAUGAAGAACAAACUGUGGUAUUUUGAGUUCGGCACCUCGGAGACCAUCGCUGCCACCUGCAAGAAGCUGAACGAGAGCCUGGAGGUGGAGUGCGACGGCAUCAUCCUGGACCUCAGCAGCACCUCCCUGGAGGGCAUCGCCGUCCUCAACAUUCCCAGCAUGCACGGCGGGUCCAACCUCUGGGGCGAGACCAAGAAGAGGCGGAACUACAACCGCAUGAGCAAGAAGGUGCCAGAGAGGGCGCCGAUGACCACCGUGACCGACGCCAAGGAGCUCAAGUUCUGCGUCCAGGACCUGAGUGAUCAGCUGCUGGAGGUGGUGGGGCUGGAGGGGGCCAUAGAGAUGGGCCAGAUCUACACCGGCCUCAAGAGCGCCGGACGCAGGCUGGCACAGUGUGCCAGCGUCACCAUCAGGACGUCCCGGAUGAUGCCCAUGCAGAUUGAUGGGGAGCCCUGGGUGCAGCCCCCCUGCACGGUGCGAAUCACACACAAGAACCAGGUGCCCAUGCUCUUGGGACCCCCCCAGAAGACCCCCUUCUUCUUUUUCAAGAGGCGGAACAGGAGUCGAGAUUAGGGGAGGGAGGAGGGUAAGGACACCCUGCCCCUCCCCUUCCCACCUCCCACAGCUCCAGCAGCUGAUUGGUGCAGACCCAUGCGGAGGUGGAGCUAAGAGUUUGGGGGGGGGGGUAGACCUGUGGGGACAAUAACACGCUACUGAGACAAUGACUACAUCUCCCACAAUACCUCCCCCCAACCCUCAGGAGGUGGGACCCCCCCCUCCCCCACACCCUCUGACUCUCAAUGUCUACUGACUCUCAAUUGACUACUGCCCAAAUGCCCCUGCCCUAAUUCCCCUUGAACUGUGACCUGUAACCUGUGACCUUUGACCUGCCAUUGGCCCUCGAGAGCAGUGAGCCCCCUUUUUCCAGCUGUGCCACACUGCCUGGGGGCCAUGCCACACCCGGUCGUCCCCUCGCCUUAGAGAGGAACCAUCGAGGUUUCCCCGAGUGGAUACUGCCAUUGGUCCGUUCCGUUUCCCAUGAUCCCCCGCUGCACUCGCUGAGCGACUCUUACAAUGCAGGGGAGCGGCUUUGACCCCAUUCUCGGUGGAAGCUUCGAUCACCUUCUCAGAUAGGAUCAGGAAUCCGAUGAGAGAUAAAGAGAGAAAGAGAGAGACUGAGGGAGAGAGAGAAACAGUGAGAAGGAGAGAGAGAGGAAAAGAGAGGGAGUGAGAAGGAGUCGUGCUCAUGCAGUUCUGAAGGUGGGAGGGGUGCUGUGUGUGCUUUGGCACGAGAGUUUAAGAGCACUAAAGAUUGGCCUUCUGGGACUGGGGAAACAGGCUCUCCUCCAUGAAGAACACAAUAAAUAAUGGAUUCAGUUCAA